CAAAAAUCUAUACACUCUUUUGCCGUCUUCCAACUCCAAAUUGUUCUUUACAUUCCUGCGUUCUUUCUAUCUAUUUUUAAUCAAUUCUUUACUCUCUUUUAAGAGCUUUUAUCUUACUUUAUUGUCGAGCAACCCGCCAGAAUGAAGGCUUUCACCAUCUUCGCCCUUGCUGGCCUCCUUGCUUGUGUCUCCGCCAUGCCACAAGAUUCCCAGCCGCAACAGUCACAGGCUCCACUUCCUCCCUCUGUUUUGUGUGCUAAUAAAUGUGCCGACUCGGAUGUGUGCUGCAAAGCGGACUGCUUCAAAGUCCCCUGCCCCAAUAACGCCAUGGCCAACGACACCACCGCGUGCACAGCAAAAUGCCCCAAAGGCGACGGAUCUCCUGGAGCCACGGAAAAAUAUGCUCAGUGUGUAGGAAGUUGUAUCAAACAACACUUCUUCAGUGCCACCGCAGCCAUGCCAAACCCUACCGGAACUGCUGGCACCCCAACUGGUUCAUCGGGCUCCGGUGGUGAGACAACUGGCAAUGGUAGCCAGACUGGUGCUAGCCAGACUGGCGCUACCUCUUCUGCAUCUCCAUCCGCUGGUGCGGCUGCCAAUAACGCCCAACUCGGAUCCUCUGCUGCUGGUAUCAUCGGUCUCCUCAUGGCUGCUUUGGCGUUGUAAGUGCGUCCAAUGCAUCCGAAAAGAGCAUUGCACUACAACCUGGAACAGCCCUCGGGUUGUAAGGAGCCAUUAAUUACUUGGGAAACAACGGGCGAUUUUAAUGGUGUUGGACAGGGCGCGGAAUGCUUCCUCUUCAACAAGCGAAUGCUAUGUUUCACAUUCUCAUGUUUGUCUAUUGAUUGACUGUUUGAAUAAUUAACCACCCUUUUUGUGUUCAUGCGGGAAAUUAAUUGUCAUACCAUCUUCCCUUUUACUUUAUUGGUAGAAAUGGGGCUCGCAUGAUAUGUAAUAAUGUCUUUGGCCUGUUUACCAUGAAAUUUGAUAACAAUUUAACUCGUUACAUGCCCUGCCUGCA